AUGACAACCGCGCUUGGCGUCCGUUCCUGCUGGAGACCCUGGCUACUCGCAGCUUUGCUGGCACUGCUAAGCCAUCAAGGUCAAGGGGCGGCCCCGGUGCCGGCGCCGCUGUUUUUGCUACCGCCGGUUCCGGUCUCGGUAGAGGCGACGCAUUAUGCCAAUGGCGAUGGCGGCGAUGGCAUCGGCAGCGGCGGCGUCCGCAGCCUUGUAAUCAUCCCCAUUGUCAUCUUCAGCGUCGCAUUCGGUGCCGGGGUUUGCCUGUUUGCCAUCUGCGUCUGCAGGCGCUUCAUGAAGCCACCACCGUCGCCACCGAUGGCCGGCACACCGCAGGUGCUGCUGGCGGGAGGAGCGGCGAUGCCGGGGGUGUCGAACUCGCCCUCAUUCCUCCAGCUGCGGUCAGCACAACUUCCCCUUAUCAGGAUCCCUCUAUGGCAGCAGAAUGGCAGCAGCCUUUUCAAACAGCUCCAGAAAGGUUGCAGCAGGAUUAUCACCAACAUUAUCAACAUGGCCCAGCCUCCGUCUCGCCGUGGUCACAACAGCCGCAGCCCCUUCCUGCUCCCGUCCUGCCGUCGGCGGCUGGCCCAAGCGUGA